GUCGGCGAUAAAGCCCCCUCGCCGCCCAGACGCUCAGCUGUGGCUGCUCGGAGCGCGGGCUGCUCGCGUCCCCACCGCCUCUGCCGGCGCCGCGCCGCGCUCCCUCCGCUCCGGCCGCGCCGCCACCUGGACACCCGAGCGAGGACCGAUCGUCCUUGCUGGAAGGAACCAUGAAUUGGCGUUUUCCCUUCUUCCUCUUGACCACAGUGACUUUGUCCUCCGUGUGCUCCCAGUUCAACCCUCUGUCUUUGGAGGAACUAGGCUCUGACACAGGGAUCCAGAUUUUCAAUCAGAUCAUCAAGUCUCGGCCUCAUGACAACAUCGUUAUCUCCCCCCAUGGGAUUGCAUCCAUCCUGGGGAUGCUACAGCUGGGCGCCGAUGGCAGGACGAAGAAGCAGCUCACCACAGUGAUGAGAUACGGUGUGAACGGAGUGGGUAAAGUCCUGAAGAAGAUCAACAAGGCCAUUGUCUCCAAGAAGAAUAAAGACAUUGUGACCGUGGCCAAUGCUGUGUUUGUCAAGAAUGGCUUCAAGAUGGAAGCACCCUUUGCGGCAAGGAACAAAGAUGUAUUUCAGUCUGAAGUGAGGAAUGUGAACUUCGAGGACCCAGUCUCUGCCUGCGAUUCCAUCAAUAUGUGGGUUAAAAAUGAAACCAGGGGCAUGAUCGACAACUUGCUGUCCCCAGAUCUGAUCGAUGGGGUCUUCACCAGACUGGUACUUGUCAAUGCCGUAUAUUUCAAGGGUUUGUGGAAAUCGAGGUUUCAACCUGAAAACACAAAGAAACGGAUAUUCGUGGCAAGUGACGGGAAAUCCUACCUAGUGCCAAUGCUGGCCCAGCUCUCGGUGUUCCGCUGCGGAUCUACAAGUACCCCAAAUGAUUUAUGGUAUAACUUCAUCGAACUACCCUACCAUGGCGAGAGUGUCAGCAUGCUGAUCGCCCUGCCCACUGAGAGCUCCACCCCGCUGUCUGCCAUCAUCCCUCACAUCAGCACCAAGACGAUCGACAGCUGGAUGAAUACCAUGGUGCCCAAGAGGGUGCAGGUGGUCCUGCCCAAGUUCACAGCUGUGGCACAAACAGAUUUGAAGGAGCCCCUGAAAGUUCUUGGCAUUACUGAGAUGUUUGAACCGUCAAAAGCAAAUUUUGCGAGAAUAACAAAGUCAGAAAGCCUUCAUGUCUCUCACAUCCUGCAAAAAGCAAAAAUUGAAGUCAGUGAAGAUGGAACCAAAGCUUCAGCGGCAACGACUGCAAUUCUAAUCGCAAGGUCAUCGCCUCCCUGGUUUAUAGUAGACAGACCUUUCCUGUUUUUCAUCCGACAUAAUCCCACAGGUGCUGUCUUAUUCAUGGGGCAGAUAAACAAGCCCUGAAGAUUGUACAGAGGAAACUCAGUCAAAGCCAAGAUGACUUUGCUGUGAAGAAAAGACUCCUUUUUUCACAUCUUUCAUAGUUCUGUUGAAUAUUUUUGUACAUCACUUUUCUUUUUCAAAACUGGUUCAUAGCGUCAGUUCAGUGAUGUAAGCGUUUCUGUUCAGGGCUGUGUUAGAAGAAAAGGCAGGAUGUCUGGGACACUGUGCUGAAGAGAGAAAAAGAUUUUUUUCAAGAUAUCCAAACGAUUCUUUAAACUACUGAGUGGUUACUUAGGUUAACAACCCUCUUGAGUACUUGCUGUCUGUCCAGUACAGGAUUUUUGUUUUGUUUUCGUUUAAAUGUAUGACUUUCCAGGAGAAGUUUAAUCAGUGUGACGGGGGGAAAAAAGACAUUUUAUGGUAGUUUUUAUGUUUUUAUGAGAAAAAAAAUAUUAUUUGCCUUUUUAAUUCUUUUUCCCACCUCCACCCAAAAUCUUGAUGGAGGCAGCAUCUGAUUUCAGGGGUGGAUACUCUAGCCUCUUUGUGUGUUUUUGUUGUUUUAUGUAAUGCAUGUAUUCACUAAAAUAAAGUUUGAAACUAAUGUCUGGCUAGACACGGUUUGCUGUCAAGCCAUGUGCCUGUCACUACUGGUCUGUACUCUUUGGAUUGGCAUUUUUGUAUUUUGUACAAAGUAAAAAUAAAGUGUUAUGAGUAGUAAAAA